ACGUUGAGAAGAUGAGAGCGUUUGUCUGCAUCUGCCUUGCCUUCGUGGUACUGAUAUCCUGCUUCCUCGCCCAAGCCAUCGAAGGACCUUUCCUCUCCCGGUACCUUGACGCCUAUACCGACUAUGAUCCUGCCGGUUCUUAUUACGAGUUCCUGGACUACUCCCCCGACCUCAGCGUCCAGGGCAUGGAUGACUCCAUCAGACGCGUUUGUCUGACUGGACUUUGGAUGUUGUACGUGACGCCAAACUACCACAAAUUGGCUGCUAAUUUGCAAUUCGGAAUUGAUUGGUGCAACAACCUGACAGAGGAAAUUUCAUACCCAGCAACGGCGUCUUCUCUACGGUACGCCGGCAGCCCCUACGCCUUGGAUGACGACUACUACAACCUCUACGAGGGCAUCAGCUACGCGGGGGACGAGUUUCGGGGCGACACAGACGCCAGUUCCUUAUUGGACCUCGACUUGAGGGUGUCUUCUUUGAUCGUCAGUGGGCCAUCGCCGUGGACUUUCUUCACAGGCCUGAACUUCACCGGGGAGGCGCUGUGCAUCUACCCCAAUGAAUACGACGCGAGCCUACACGUGGAAAUCGUCGAUGCGGUAUUUCUGACGGGCUUGGCGGACAACUCGAUCAGGUCGGUGGCCAAGGGCUGCCUCACCGACAACGUCUAUCCGGGUGGCCGCCGAUACUUGGAACAUUAACAGCAAAAAAGUGACAAACAGCACUAGAAAGUGGCAGCAGGGGAUCUAGCAGUAUAUAUUAUAUUUCGUGCAUGUGAAGGAGAGAAGUGAAGAAUAAAGUUAGGGCGGCAUUGCACCCAUUGAUGUAUCUUGCUCUGGUUUCGAAAAUUAAUAAAGUUCAAAAUUAUUUUCG